UAUAUUUAUUUUCACAGAUACCAAUAUGUUGUCACAAAAUCAAAUCGCCUUUACUGUUCUGGUAUUAGUAUGUAUAGCUGGGAAAUGUCAGUCACAAUUUCCUAGAGCUUGUGCCACAAUGGAAGCUUAUCUUUUGCACGAAUGUUGUCCUGUAAUGAGAGGAGGUGGAAGCCAAUGUGGCGAAGCAGAAGGCAGAGGCAUGUGUGCUGAUAUUGUUGUCGAUGAACAACCCUGGGGAGGCCCGUACACUCUAUUCGGAAUAGAUGACAGAGAGAGAUGGCCAGAACGAUUUUUCAACAGAUCUUGCCAAUGCUUUGGAAACUUCGGUGGAUAUGAUUGCGCAAAAUGUAAACUCGGUUGGAGAGGACAAAAUUGCAAUGAAGAGCGACCAUUGGCGGUAAGAAGAGAUAUUGCACAGAUGCCACUAGAUGACGCCGUGCGAUUCCUAGAAGCUCUCGAUCAGGCCAAAACAACUAUUCAUCCCGACUAUGUCGUUGCAAGAGACCAUUACAGAAAUCUGCUUGGAGAAAAUGGAACAUCAGAUCCGAAUUACAUUGAUAUUACUAUAUAUGAUUUAUUUGUGUGGGUUCAUUACUACAGUGUACGUGAUACUCUUCUCGGACCCGGACAAGCAUUCACAGGUAUCGAUUUCUCACACGAAGGACCGGCUUUUCUCACCUGGCAUAGAAUGCAUUUGUUGAAUCUUGAAGAAGAUUUGAGAGAAAUGACAGGUGACGAGGAUAUGGCGAUCCCAUACUGGAAUUUUGCUAUUGGAGGAUCCGAAUGCGAUAUCUGUACUGAUGAAUUAGUCGGCGAUCGCCAUCCUAACAUACCUUCUCAAUUGAGUCCUAACUCACGAUUUGCGGACUGGGAAAUCGUCUGCCUUAGUUUGGACUGGUUUGAUGACAACAUCAAGCUGUGCAACGGAACAUCUGAAGGUCCCAUUAUUCGCAAUCCAGGUGGAAAUACUGACCGUCCAUUGGUUCAAAAACUGCCCGAGCCUGAAGAUGUUGCAAAAUGUUUAGGAGUCGAGAAUUAUGAUACUUUCCCCUUCUUUUCCGACUCUGACAAAAGUUUCAGAAACACUUUAGAAGGUUACGCUGAAGUCGAUGGCCAAUUUGCCGAAGGUGCAAGAACUCUUCACAAUCUUGCUCAUUUGUUUUUGAAUGGAACAGGAGGACAAACCCACGCUAGUGCCAAUGAUCCUAUAUUCGUUUUACUGCAUGCUUUUACAGACGCUAUUUUUGAAGAAUGGUUAAUCAGAGAACAACCUUCGGCAACAGCUUAUCCAACUCGAGAUGCACCGAUCGGUCACAACAUUGACUAUAAUAUGGUUCCAUUUUUUCCACCAGUCACAAACCGAGACAUGUUUGUGGAAGCAAGUAAACUUGGUUACAGAUACGAGUUUAACAUCCUUGCUGAUUUGGAACAAAACUCUGGUCCUUCUUUUAUUUGGGCGGUCAUUGGCGUCAUCGUCUUUGCUGCGUUUGUUACAAUAGUUACCAUAAUGAUCACUGGAAUUCGUCGUCGAAUGAAAUUACAACAAGAGGAAGAAUUAUAUCAGAGAUUAAUUGCUGAAGAUUAUGAAAGAGACGAACAUUAUGGACCAUAGUGUGAUUAAUACAAUCACUGGCCAAAAAACAUCUAACGAAUUUUUACCUUGAUAUAUGUACAGUCCCAGUUAUGAUUUUCUCCUUUUUCUUAUUUUAAAUUAUUAUUUGUGCGUUGACAUUGUGAAUUUUGUACAUUGCAAUAAAUCUUUUAAUUCAAAA